AUGGCAGACGAGGUGAUUCUUCUGAGCGUUUGGGCGAGUAUGUUUGGGAUGAGGACGAGGAUUGCCUUGGAUGAGAAAAAAGUCAAGUACGAAUAUAGAGAACAAGAUUUAUGGAACAAGAGCUCCUUGCUCCUCGAGAUGAACCCGAUUCAUAAGAAAAUCCCGGUUCUCAUUCACAAUGGUAAACCGGUCUGUGAAUCUCUCAUCCAGGUCGAGUACAUCGACGAGACUUGGCCCGGUGAAAACCAACUCCUUCCUUCUGAUCCUUACCAAAGAGCUCAAGCCAAGUUUUGGGCAGAUUUCAUCGACAAAAAGGUGAAUGUAACGGCGAGGAGGAUUUGGGCGAUAAAAGGUGAGGAGAAAGAAGCAUCCAAGGAGUUAAUGGAGAUACUCAAGACGCUUGAAACCGAGCUUGGAGACAAACAUUACUUUGGAGGCGAGACGUUCGGCUGGUUUGGAAUCUACAACAAGUUUGGGAAUAUGAGUAUCGAAUCAGAGUGUCCAACGUUGACUGCGUGGGCCAAAAGGUGUUUGGAGAGGGAGAGCGUUGCUAAAGCCUUGCCUGAGUCUGAGAAGGUCACUACGUUCAUUUCCCAACGUCUUGGCGUCGAGUAG